AUGGCGGUGAAACAGCGGCUCUGCAGGCCGCUCCUCCGCUUUGCUACUCUCUCCAGACGGGGGGUGGCGGCAAUGCGCGGGCCUGUCGCUGUCCUGCCGCGGACGCGAGCAGAAGAAGAGCGUGUGCGGAAGUAAACAGCGGAGCACCAUCGUGUGCGUUUUAGCGAACCCGAGUCAGAUACGAGGACGACUUCGCGAGUGUGAUCUGGAAGCUUCGCCUCUUUACCGUGUGUGUCACACUGAAGCACUGUGUGAGUGUGAAGUCCUGCGGAAAAUGUCAAACUGCAGUAAUUUCCACACACAGUUGGUUUCCGUUAUGGAGGUAUUAGCGAAAGCGGCGGUGGCAGAAAUCAGCAAGCUGGUGGACGGCAGCUGCGCGGUGCUGCGAUUGGAAAUGUACCGAUACCAGAAGGAGAACGAAGCGCUGAAGACCAAACUGAAGCUGAUGGAGCGCGAGCUGCGGGCCGCGAGACGAUCCCCGGCGCGCGGCAGCCGCUGUGCAGAGCGCGUGUCUGCAAGGGCUCGGAGUCACCGUGCAUCACCUGUUUCCCCCACAGAAGCUGCAGACUUUGCUGUGGGCGACGGAGACAAAUGUGACCCGACGCCCACACCUGCAGAAGCUCCAGAGGAAAAGGUAACACAGCCCACACCUGCAGGAGAUCCGGAGGAACAGGUAACCCAGCCCACACCUGCAGAAGAUCCAGAGGAGCUCAGUGAGAAGCGCAGGUGUGGACACAGUGAGGAAGACCUCAGUGGACUGGAGUUUGUGGUGAAGGCAGAGCAAGAGGAAGAGCAUGUAGCCCAGAGACUCAGUCAGACAGGAUGUGAACACAGUGCAGGAAGACUGAACAAUCUGGACUCUGAGUAUGUAACGUACGAGAGAGACGGUCAGCUGUGGACUUCCUUCACACCAGGCGACAGUGACAUAGAGACUGAUGAUCCAGUUUGUGAUAAUGCUACAGAGCAAUACUCACAGAGUCUGCCGGUUCACACAGAGCUUCAGCAUGCCCCUGCUGCAGAUGCAGCUUCUGCUAACUCCAUUUCCUCUUUUGCGAUUCCGUAUGUUCACAUGUUUGACAUGAUACCUGUGAAAAAGGAAGCUGAGAUGCAGGGCGCUACAGGCGAGUCCAGACCUGAGGGGGAGAGCAGAGAGCAGCUGAGCUCAGCGAGAGACAGUCAGACAUUACAGGCCAGGCAGCAGCUGCACGGACCCUCAGCAAAACUAAUGAGCGGGAGUGAGAGUGCAGCUGAGCUGAGCUCAGACACUCAGUAUGAGGGUGGAUAUACUCUGAGCGGCAACAGUUUCAACACAAAAAAGAUGAAGAGUGAUGGAAGGGCUGGCUCAGGGAAGAAAUCGUUCCUUUGUCCACACUGUGGAAAGAGUUUAGCUUAUUUCAGCUGCUAUAAAGUACAUUUGCGAAGUCACACAGGAGAGAAACCGUACAGCUGCGCUGAGUGUGGCAAGUGCUUCACGCAGCAAAGCAAUCUCACCAAACACGAGAGCGUCCACAGUGGGAAAAAGCCCUUUCACUGCGCGCAGUGUGGAAAGAGCUUCCGGCAUCGCUACAACCUCACGCUUCAUCAGAGAAUUCAUUCAGGCGAGAGGCCGUUCCACUGCACACAGUGUGGGAAGAGUUUCGCUCAGUCUUGUCACUUUAAAAGACACCAGCGAUGUCACAUGGGUGAGAAAACAUACAGCUGUUGCUGA